AGCACAGAGCCGUACGUCGACGUCGCCGCCAUAUUGGGUGGGUCAAGGCAAUGUAAACGAAUAUUAAAACAAUGAUUUGGCUUUUGGACAAUUGUAGAUUGUUUUUUGUGCCUGACUGUUAGUGCGUGUGGAGAUGUAUAAACGAGAGGAAUUGACUUAAAUUUAUUUGUCAAAAGGCGCUUUAAGAAACGAAGUACAUAGACUUGCAUUCAUUUACAAUGGGUAGCCUUAGCUAGCUGACGUUUAAUGUUUGUUAUUGUAAUUACUAAAUUACUUUUAACGCUCGACAUAAUUACACAUAUAGGAGCUGUCCGAUUUGCGUCAUUCAUUUCUUCCCCUAUUUCUGUUUUUUUCAUUUUAUUUUUGAGUCACCCGCUGAUUACAUCAUAGACGAGCGACACGACGUGUGCUUCCGGUUGCCAUUUUGUUUAGCGAGGAAAUUGGAUGCUAACAAGGAAGGACGUUUUGUGGUACUGUAUACACACCUACACGCUGUUGGACUCACACAAUGUCUUAAUAACACGACCAGAAAGUGCCCUAUUGUACGCUAACCGGAAAAUGCAUGCGAACCGAGGCAGAAUUGCGCAAACGCCCCCCUCUCACACUAGGAAAUCAGUUUUCAAUUAGCGCCACAUUCGGGAGAGGAUUUGAAAUUGGUCAUCUUGGCGCCUUUUUUUCCUUGGCGAAUGAAGCGAUGUGAAUAAGGCGACGCUUCAUGGCAACGUUGCAUUUUUAUCACAAUGUUGCUGUAAUAUCGUAAGAAUAUUUAUAAUAUAACCGGGGCGGACAUUAACCGAGGCGCCAAUGAGUUGAAAAUGGGCUACAAACACGGCUAGGAUUUCUGGUCCGAAAAAUGUAACAGCACAAAACCUGUACAUGUCCGAAUAAAGCCUACAGGACUAAACAAACAUGUAAAGUCUAACAAAACGUCUGUAGUGUCUUUGGUCAUUUAGCUGUAUUUAUUCAGUAGAAAUCCGUACAAAUGUUAAGAAAACACGCCUACUCUAAUAUUGUCCAAUGAGAGCACUCCUACUUGAAAGCAAAGGCAUCCUUUCUGAUUUGGAGGCAUGGUCUUCCCUCCAAACAGCCGUCAAGUCUUUGAGUGACAGGGCUCCUGCGGGCGCCUGACCACGCCUCCGUGGAGCUCCACCUCCGACUCGGACCAGGAGAUGACGUCGCCUGCCUGGUGGCCGCCGCACGAAGCCAGGUCGUGGAUGUCGGCGCCGCUCAGCACGUGAGACCACAUCUGCACGUCCGCCAUCUCUCCCACGAAGGACUGGGUGGCGUCGAAGCGACCUCCCAGGGUGUCCUGUCCGCACAGGCGGUCCGCAUGAAUGCCACGUGCGGCGUAGGUGAUGUACAGCAUUACUCGUCUAACUGGUCGUUACCUGUUCCUGUCCCAGGAUGAACACCCCUCCGGAUUUGAUGGCAUGCCAAGGUGCCAGGUUGAUCCCGGACCCCCGCUGGACCCCGUCUUGGUAGGCCUCCCAGUGUCCAUCCCGCGUGGACCAGGUCACGCACACGUGGUGCCACUUGGCGUCACUGAGGGACAGCGGCAGAGACACCGCCUGAAAAGGCAAGAAGGUCAAAGCAUCAAGUAAAUAAGAGGUAACCAUGGAAACCCCCGGUGGGUGUCACGACGCACCUUGUCAUCGAUCAGCAGCUCUAUGGGGUUCCCCCCCCACUCGAUCAGCAACAGUUCGUUGGGCUGUCCUGGCGCAGAGUAGGAAAAGGGCGUCCCCAUUGCGGGCCCGACGCCCGUCUUGAUCCACAGACACAAGGUCAGAGCGAAGAUCUCCUGCAGGAGCGUCCUCUUCACGCGUCCGUACAUGUGGUUGGUCCUCAUGGGGAAGCUGAUCUGGAAGGCCUCCGCGCUCUUUGGAACUGCUGAAUCUUCAUCGUCUCCAUCAUGGCGGCCGUCGCUGUGCUGGUCAAAGUCUUCUCCGGUGUGGUUGCUUCCGACACCGUGGUCGUCGGCAUGAUGGUUGUCUGCACGGUGGUGGAUGUCCUGGUCGCCGAGGUCGCCGAGGUCGUUGAGGUCGCCGAGGGCGACGGCGGUACUCUGGUGCAGCUGCUCCUCCAAAGCGUGGAUCUUCCUCUGAAGGAGCUGCCUGAGAGAGCUGGAGGAGUUGAAGUUGUAGUGAGUGUGUCACACACUAAUCAGAUUGCCAGAGAUUUACUCCAGGGGCGAUUCUUUGGAUCCCUUCCCCGUCGUCGCCUCCUCCCACUUGUUGAUGCUUUAUGGGAAGGCCACGCCUCCUACCUGGUGCCGCGGCCUUGGCAACGCCGUGGCUCACCUACAUCCCCGCACGCCAGCGACUGACCCCGUUGGCUCCCGCUCCGUGAGCCAGGGCGCCACAGGACACGUGGCUGCUUUAAACAGGUCGAGGAGGUGAUGGAAAGGCAGACGACAUGACUGGUCUGGAUGGUUAGUAGGUGCUGGAGCCAUGUCCUGUUCCUGGCGUGAUGUACAUCAGCAGAGCCUGCGGGGAAUGAAAGCGAGAGUGUGAGAGAGAAAAGAGAGAGCGAGGGAGCGACGGAGUGAGGGCCAUGUGAAAAAGGGGUGGAGGGGAGUUGAGAUUUAGUGCCCUGCUGGAUGAAACAACCCCCCACUAACCCGCCGAGAGGGCAGCCAGCCUCAUAUAGGAGGACAAGAGAAGAGGGGGUGCUGGACUGCUCAUCCUUCGGCGCUCACAGGAAGUCUUUCUCCGCUCCCACAAUGAGAUUAAAACCAGGAGACUCCAUCCCAUGUAAAUCUUAGAAGACGCAGCAUCACCAGUAACAACGUCCACAGAGUCAGCAGCCAUAGGAGCACCAUGUCACGAACCGACGAGGUCAACAAGAUGACAGAGAAUGUCUACAGGGGCAUUCUGGACCAGUUCAAUCCCAGCUUGAAGAAUUUUGUGGCCAUGGGGAAACACUACGAGAAAGCCCUGACAGGCGUGACGGUGGCCGCCAAGGGCUACUUUGACGCUCUGGUCAAGCUGGGCGAGCUGGCGAGUGACAGCCAAGGCUCCAAGGAGCUGGGAGACACAUUGUUUCAGAUGGCUGAGGUCCACAGACAGAUCCAGGUGCAGCUGGAAGACGUGCUCAAGUUGUUUCAUUCGGAGCUGCUGGCCCAGCUGGAGCAGAAGCUGGAACUGGACAUCAAAUACCUGACAGCCACAUUGAAGAAGUACCAGAACGAGCGCAGGUCCAAAUCCGAGUCCAUCGAGCGGUACCAGGCCCAGCUGAAGAAGCUGCGCAGGAAGAGCUUGGGCAGCCGUCACCCCAACAAGUAUGGAGACCGAGAGAUGCAGUUUGUGGAGCUGAUGAGUCGCCGCCAAGUGGAGCUGGACACGCUGGUUGCUACGGGUUACAGGUCCGCGCUGACCGAGGAGAGGAGGCGAUACUGCUUCCUGGUGGACCGACAGUGCUGCGUGACCAAGCUGCUCAUCAACUACCACUCCAAGGUGAGGGAGCUCCUGUCGCAGAAGCUGUCGUCAUGGCAGCAGUCGUGCACGCAGCCAACCAAACUUCCAGAGCGUGCGCUCAAUCUGCUGCGUCACACGGCGCCGCAAAGCUCGGCGGCGGCCGGGAUCGCCGAGGUCCUCCGUCACACCAAGCUGGCCUCCUCCCCGCCGGAACAGAGGCUGGCAGUUCAAGAAGUUCCUCCUCAGCUAAAUGGAGACCGCCCACAGCAGCAGCGCUCACUCCCUUCCUCCUCCUCUCAGAGUGAGCCCUGUCCUCAGAGCUCCACCCAGACCUUCCGCCCCGUGUCCAGCGCUGGGGCGGGAGCCGCAGGAGGCUCCUCGAGAGGAGCGUCUCCUCAGCACAGCAGCUCCCCGAUCAACGUGUUCACCGGGGCGCCCCUCGCUGACAGCAGCACCAGUGGCAGCCCCGCCGCCUCCACGCCCACCGCCACUGUCGGCUCCUCCCAGCCCGCCUCCCUCCUCAUGGCCGCCAACACCAGCAACCUGUCGCCGAGCCUCAUCCCGUCCACCGUCAUGUCUCUCAGUCAGGUGUCGCCAUCCAGCAGCUCCUCGCAGGGCGUGACCCUCGCCAUCCCGCACAGCGCCCCGCACAGCGCCCCGCACAGCCCGCCCCUCCCCCACAGCGCCCCUCUGUCCAGGGCUAUGACCCCUGUGCAGCUGCUGCACCAGCAGGUGGGCCCCGGGGGCAACAACACUUUACCCUCCUCUCACCCGUGGCUGAUGAAGACCGCUGACAUGUGCGCCACGUCUACACUUCCUCUACCCAGGAGGCCUGGCGGGGAAAGGCCUGGCGGCUUCCAAGGUGAGAUGGAGCACAAAGGUUCCGGCACUUUCUGGAUAUUCAACCCGUCACUUUCUCCCCCAGCCUCCAGGAUGCUGCCCCUAUCCGGGCCAACGCGAGUGGAGGCCAUGUUUGCCCACUCGCCUGGAGCAUCAGAAGGCGGCGGCGGCGGCGGAGGAGCAGGAGGAGGCGGAGCUUCCUUGCUGCACUUCUUGACCGGCGACAGCAUCACCUUGCUGAUCUCUGAGCCGAGAGAUGGGUGGCACUACGGGCAAAAUGAUCGCACCGGGCGGAAAGGCUGGUUCCCUUUCUCCUACACUCAGCCACAACAUAGCCGGACGGAUCACCUGGAGAGCUCCCUCUUCCUGUCGAAAGCCAACAGCACCAGUCUGAGCCAACUGGACCAGCUGGUGUCUCCGGCCCUCACUCCCGAGUCGGAGGAGGAGCGCUCCUUUCCUCCCCAGAGGAUCAGCACCUUCCGGCCUCGCCCGUACAGCAUGGCCGACACCAACAAGAUCACGGCAGAGUUGGCCUCUCCACCGGCAUCUCCAACCAGGCCCAACCCCUUUGCCCACGUUCGACUCCGAAAAACCGUCACCAACGACCGCUCGGCCCCCAUCAUCGAGUGAUGUGGCGCUCUGGUCGGAGCAGCCGCUUGGUUCCACGGUACGGCGGUUUAGCGUGUCCAACGUCACAUGACCAGACACGCAACCGCUUAUGUCGACGUGGACGUCUUCUCUUUAGCGCGCUAGCUAGCAGUUAGUUUAGGUGAGAGGCAGGGAGGUGCCUGCAGAAGACCGGUUACCGUAUUGACACAAAUACAGGCCCACCUGAAUAUUUGACUGGAAUCAUUCAUCAUAUAUGAGUACUUAUAUAUACUUACUUAUAUAUAUGAGUACAUAUAUGAGUACUUUGUAGGUCGGGGUGUCCAAAUUCAAAGAGAUUUGACCAAUGGAAGAAUCCUUGAAGGAACGCUGAGGGAGGCUCCUCCUCUUCCUCUUUUACAUUCCAAGGACUUCCUCCGACAUCGUGGCGAUAUGUACGCCGACUGUACGCCGGUCACCAGGUGGCGGCCAUGUUACUGUAAUGUUAGCUGAGACACACAAGCACCAGACCUGAGCGCCAGAGCAACAGGCUUUUAUUGCAGCUUCGAAUGACCUCACAACCGGCACAAUCGUUCCGAACCGUAACCUCUGAAGCUCCGACGUCACUUCCUGUUCGGCUCCACGUUUACAGCAAGACACACGAGUAUUAUUUAUGUUUUUAAUGGCUACUAUGUCUACUGUAUUGUGUAAAGGUGACUGUAGGGGUGUUGUUUCAUUUCUAGAGGACUCUAAUCAUGUUAAAAAGCACAUUUAGACGAUCAUAACAAUGGAACUAUUAUAUUAUACCACAAUGAAUGAGGGAUUACUGUAUUGAAGUAUAUUGAAGUAUAUUGAAGUAUAUUGAGGCCUUGUGUUCUUAGGAGCAAAUAAACAAACCUUUGGACACCCCGUCUUAGAUGUUAGGUGAUGUCUCGUGGAUGGGCAUCCAUCCAUCCAUCCAUGUUCAAUGCCACUUAUCCUCAUAAGGGUGGGGGUGCUGGAGCCUGUCCCAGCUGGGGGAGAGGCGGGGUCCACCCUGGACUGGUGGCCAGCCAAUCCCAGGGCACAUAUAGACAACAAACCAUUCACACUCACAUUCAUACCUAUGGACAAUUUGGAGUGGCUAAUUAACCUAGCAUGUUUUUGGAAUGGGGGAUGGCAAGCGGAGAUUGGAAGUGGAUGGGAAUUAUCUUCAAGUUAGCAUCAUGCUGUUGUAUAACUCCUCCAGUAUUAGCUAAGAUGGUCGCUGGUGUGUGAGUGAGCGGAAGAAAAGCUCGGGAUGAGUCACCUGUUGGAUGUUGUUCAGGUUGUUUUCUAGAGGGUCCAUACGGUCCUUCGGAAUCACUAUAAUUGGAGAGGUGUUGACCACAGGAAGUAAGAUUAGGAAUUGAAUGUUUUGCUGGAUGUGAUCGGUUGCUGUAUCCCAUCAUGAACAUUCCAAGGUUCCUUCGUCUCUCAUACGGGAAUGUAGGACUGGAUCCUUGUCCUAGGCAGUACUGUGCCCGGGAACGGGUUCCUACUGUAAAAGAAAUGUCUGUAUCGUAUUAGCUUGCUUUCUAUGCAGAGUGAGAUUCACGUGCUCACGUCUUUAUGUUUUUAUGUAGUUGUUGUGUAAAGUACACAAAUACAGCAUAUAUUUAUUCAGUACACCAGCCAGUAAACAUGCUGCUGCGUUGACGUGGCCUGUACAGCUUUAAAGGGGCCCCAUGCUAGCGUUCAGAUGGAAAUCCUGGUGGUCACCACCCCACCAACCCACCACCACAUGUAAACAUCACCUAGCAGCUAAAGCAACCACCCUCCAUCGGAAGACGUAUGUUGUGGGGGGCAGGUUUUAGUCUUGGGAUCCUUGGGUUUGGGUAUCUUAGAAAUUCCCUUUGCCAUCUGUCCCAAAUCUGCAGUCUUGGGACACCCGAUCCUAAAUGUUGACCCAGGAAGAGGUGAGGAGCAGGAGCCUGUUUGGAUGGAAAGGGUAGAGAGUAGAGUGCUGGAGAAGGUUGACCAGGAAGUUGAAGAAAGCGUCAAAAGGACUUUUUGUAGAGAGAAGGUUUAAAAGAGGACCUAUUAUGCUUUUCCUCUCAUCCCACCUAUUUGCACCCUUCUGAUAGUGUCCUAAAAGGAUGCCAACGCGUCACAUGAGGUUCGGCAGCUGUUUGCAAGUCCUCGGGAGCGCUUGGUAGUGUGACCAAUCCCUGCAAAGUAGCCUCGGGGUGAAGUAAAUGCCACAGACAGUGUGGGUGGGAGGCAGGAGGAGGUGUGGUCUGGAAGAACUUAGAAAGCUGUCCGUGGAGCUGCUCAAUAAAAGGCCCCCUUUAAAGCUCAGCUUGGAAGUUGUGUUGAAGAUGUGAUUGUUAGUCCCCUUAUCGUUAAAGAUGUCCUCCAAUGCAGUCCAGUGACCUAACAUGCCAGUUGUGUGACCUUGGCUUUGGUAGCGGGAUUUGAUGUUUCCCCAAAUGGCUUGUAGGUAACAAGAAUAAACUAUUUUAUUGACCAUCACGCAAACAUACGGUCUACUUGAGGCAUGAUCAUUAGCACCUUUAAGACAAGCUACGCCUUUAUUAGUCCUAAAAGAUCUAAGAGCAAAAUCAGGGUACUGCAAAUCAGAAGUUCUCCAUGUUUAUUGCACAGAAUCUUUUGGAGCAGUUUUUUUUUAUCAUUCCCAUUUGUUUAGUGCUGCAAGAGAAACAAUUGAACAGCCGACUUCACACGUGGAAAACAUCUACUACCAAAGUCAACGUUUUAACACCACGCACCAACGUGCACGUGAGCACGUGAGGCUGCAUGGCUUCCUAACAAUGAAUAUUGACAUUCUGUGUGAUUAAAAAAAAAAAACAA